AUGCAGUACAACGAGAUGUUGCGAUGUGCCGUGGCACACGCAGGCAAUGACCAUCGCCUCGGAGCCCAGGAGGCGCCCCCGGCCAUCAUCUCGCUCUACCCUGGCACUGGCUUCGAGGCGCACGUGGACGCGGUUAUCAAUGGAGGCCCCCUGAAUGAGUUCAAGGCCGAGAAGAAGCAGCAACCCACUGGCUGCAAGGCGUCUAUGGCGGUCGAGUCCAACGUCGAGGACCGCAAUCGCACGGCGCCCUUUCCCUUCUGCGGUAACCGCUACGAGUUCCGCGCAGUCGGUUCCUCGCAGAACUGCUCUUUCCCAGUGAUGGUCUGCAACACGAUAAUGGCCGCGGGCAUGAGUGCGCUCUCCGAGAAGAUCGAGGGUGGCAUGAAGGCGCGUGAUGCCGUGGCCGAGAUGUACAAGGAGAACCGCGACGUCAUCUUCACGGGCAACGGCUACUCCGCCGAGUGGCCAGACGAGGCGGCCAAACGCGGUCUCCCCAACCUCAACACGACACCGAAGGCCAUCAAGCAUUGGGCCUCGGACAAAAACAUCGAGCUCUUCGAGAAGAUGGGCGUCUUCUCCAAGGAGGAGACCGAAUCCAGGGUUGAGGUUAUGUACGAGGCCUACAAUACGACACUCAGCGUCGAGGUCAGCACCAUGGUCGAUAUGGUCAAAACUGGAUUCAUUCCGGCUUUUGCACAGGACUUAGCCUUGUACAAGGACGCCCCCGACUUGUUGGGCGAUCGCAAGAAGUUGUACGGUUCUGUGAAGACCGAAACGGAGGCAUUGGAGAAGAUGUUGGCUGAGGUUCCUCACGAUCAGGCUGCAGAGGCCGAGUACCUGUGCGACAAGGUUAAGGCUCAGAUGGCCAAGGUGCGUUCGUUGGUCGACGAUGCCGAGGGCAUGCUGGAUAAGAGGCUCUAUCCGUAUCCGACCUACGAGUCCAUGCUGUACCACCACCACCACUGA